AUGUCACUAUUCGUGGAUCUCCGUGCCGCAACUGUGAGCUUGACGAGACACCCUGCCUCAUGGCUCAGUGCCGUCGCGGCAGGAAGCACAAAGAAUGAGCAGGAGGAUCUCUCCUAUACAAUCCGAAGCAAAAAUGCCCGAAAUGCCGUUCGACCCUCCACUAACAUUUCUACAAACGCUGUGGCCGUCUUGAAUUCAAUGAAUUCGUUGGAAGACGUUCCACCGGGUCUGGACAGGCUUCAAAUACCUUUCCCUCAGUUAUUUCAGUUUUCCGAAAACGCUUCUCUACGACAAUUGCCGGCAUACAUUCAGCCGUGUCCCAAGCAUCUCACAGACACAGAUAUAGCAUAUCUCCGAAGCAAAGGCGCCCUGGAUAUACCUCACGAAAGACUCCGCAAUGAGACGAUCAGAUGUUACUUUGAAUAUAUUCAUCCUUUUGUGCCUCUCCUCGAUGCGGCGGAGCUCCUUGUUGUGGUUGAUGGCGACAACAGCCAUCAACCUGCGCCACAACUAAGCCUGCUGCUCUUCCACAGCGUCAUGUUUGCCGCCGUCCCAUUCGUUGAUGAGAGCCUCGUCACAGAAACAGGAUACGCCAACCCGAAGAUCGCACGAGGGGCGUUCUUCCAAAAAGCAAAACUUCUGUACGAUCUCGACUUUGAAUUCGACAGCAUCACUCUCAUUCAGUCUAUGUUGCUCAUGAGCUUUUGGUCAGAUAGACAAACACAAGACGCCUAUAAACAAACCUGGCACUGGGUCAACGUCGCAAUCUCUCUGGCCCAAACAAUUGGACUGAACCAGAAUCCCGAGAGUCUGCCGCUCCCUCCGAGAAAGAAGAGCCUGCGAAAACGUCUGUGGUGGUGCUGUUUCAUGCGCGAUCGGGUCAUUUCCCUGUACCUGAGUCGUCCGUUACGCAUCCAUGGAGACGAUUUCAACGUCCCUUUGCCCACCAUAGAGGACUUCGAGAUUGACAGCCCAAGCGCUCUUCCUAGCUCGGAUGCGUGCUCGCGCCGUCUGCUGCAACUGUCUUGCUACGAAAAGACCACGCAAAUCGAGUUGGCAGAGAUCUUCAUCUCGUUUCUCAAGCUCUGCAUCGUGAUAGGAACCAUCAUGUCUGCCCAGUACUCGCCCCUCAGACCAGCCUCUGGGCCUCGAAGCAGCUGUGUAAGGCCAACUUUGUCUGCAAUGCUCUUCCCCGUCCACAGCCCGAACUCGGAGCAGUCUGCCACAACGCCGGCCGAGUCUGCUAUUUCGCCCCUCGAAUCGACUCUCAGGGAGUGGUACGACACUCUCCCUCGUUCAGUCUGCCUCUGGGACCCACAGCCAGAACCGCAGCGUUGUUCGACGUGGGAUGGUAUUGUCCGCGAUCAUGUCCAACCUGUAAGGGAGGGUAAUGCUAUAAGGACAGACUCCUCCAGACCACCGAGCGUGGUGAUCCAACGCGCCAUCUUGCACAUGUGCUACUAUACCGCUGUUUCUGCACUGCAUCGCUCCCAGAACAAAUCCCGUCACUCUCAGGAGCAGGUUUCGGAUUCGGCGAGCAACAUCGCCAAGAUCUCUGCCUUUUUGAACGACAGAGGGCUCGUGCGAUACCUCCCUGUGACCGCCAUCACCAUGUUAGUCCCCAGCAUCAUCACGAAUGCUCUUCGCAUCAAGUCGAUAGUUCAGGAAUCCCAUCAAGGCAGGGGAGUCCCCGCGCACAUCGAUGAAAUGGCCAGAGCGAGAGACAAUGUCAACAGUCUGUUGGUUUCUCUCAAAACCCUGCAAAAAGUAUAUGUGGCCGCAGACUGGGUGGCUCUCUUGGUCGAAGCCAUGCUUAACCAUGCAAGAAUACGCAUUGUAGUGCCCCAGACCGGUGACUUACGACUUUACGCCGGAAACAAAGCAAGAAGCCGGGCAUUCGAAUUGGACAUUCAAUUUGCACCAGCGUCUGAGAAAAAAAAACCUAUACCCAGGACUCCCACUUCGAUUUCACAUCAAAUUCAAGACCUACAGACAGAUCCCACUCUGUCGACAGGCCAGCACGCUACCGAUAUCAACGAGUGUGCCACCGUCGGGGAUUACAACUGGCAAGAACUGAUCAGUCCGGGCGCCAAUCAAGACCUCAAUGUCGACGCAGAUGGAAGCCUGUGGGAUCCGGCGGUUAAUCUCGACAGCAACGAUUCGACAGGACAGUGGAAUUUUGGCAGUAUCGGCAUCGACGAGUUUGACGAAAACGUGGACGGUAUGAUACCCUGGGACGGCACCGAUGUAGACUGGCUGGCCUAA